AUGGCUUCUAUAACAAACCUAUACUCUCUUAAGCCUUUCAAAACCCAGUGGAGAGUCCACGUACGGAUCUUGAAGGUGUGGAAACAGUAUCUGAAUGGUGUCGAGACAUUGGAAAUGGUGGUUGUAGAUGAUAUGAAUCAAACUAUGCAUGUUUCUCUAAAGAAAGAGUACAUCAAAAAACACGAAAACGUGUUGGAGGAAGGGUUAAAUGUUGUUGGUCAGAUUGUUAGUAUUGGGGAGGUCGAAAUCCUCAAUGUUAACAAGAAGCAGACAAAAAGACUUACCAUGGAAAUCAGAGACACUGAAAAUGUUCGCCUAAACUGUGUGCUAUGGGGACCUUAUGCUUCAAAUCUGGAGAGUUUGGCAACUAAUACAACCGAAGCUGUUUUUGUUGUUGUCUUGCGGUUUUCAAAGCUAAGGCUUUACCAAGGUGUUUGGAGUGUUGGGAAUUGUUACAAUUGUUCAACUGUUUUAACUAAUCCAGAUAUCCCUGAGGUUUUAGCGUUCAAAGAAAAGCUACCUGCUGAUGGUGUUACUCUAUCCUACACACAUCCAAAUCAGUUGACAAUCGUCAAUUCUGUCUCUGUUCGUGAUGAUUUCUUCUUACAUAGUCCUCGAAGGACUAUAAGUGAGAUAAUAGCUGCAUCUGAGGUUGGAAAAUGUGUUACCAUGGCUACAAUCAUGUCAAUUGACACCGAGUUUGGUUGGUAUUACAUGUCCUGUAAAACCUGUUCAAAAAAAGUUCUUCCUCAUAAUAUGGAUGCAAUGAGGGAGAAAUAUCCCGGUAGACCUUUCAAGAAACAGUUAUGGAAGUGUGGUAAAUGUAAUACUGAUGUUGAAGAAGUCAUUCCAGCAUUUUACAAUAUGCAGGUUCAUGCUUACAUUCGUGUAAUGGAUAACACUGGAGAAACGAAAUUUCUUUUAUUUGAUAAGCUUGCUAUGGAAGUUGUCAAUCAGACUGCCUCUCAACUUACUCAAUCGGUAGAUGAGAUUCAGGAUCCGGAUGUUUUGCCUAUGUCCCUGAGCAACAUAUGUGGGAAGACUUAUCUUUUUAAGGUUGCUAUUGAAAGUUCAAACAUUGUCUUCAAUAGUGACACUUACAAGGUUAUGAAGAUCGUUACACAAAGUGACCUGGUGAAGGAGUUUUCAGAAAUUUCUGUGUCUCAGAACACUAUUGAAGCUAAACAUGAAGAACACGUUCUGACAUCUCUCACUACAGAGCUUGAAGAUGACUAUGAGGAUGUGAAGACACCGUCCUCGAAAUGCAAAAGCAAUGAUAGUGAAGAGAUCGGAAAUGACAGUGGGGAGCUUUCUGUAGCUUCAAAGAAAACCAAAAAUGAUUUCAAAAAUGGAGAUGAUGCGAAACAUACUGUGCUGAAGCCGGUCAAGAAAGAAAAACCAGAUGGUUGA